AUGAAAAGGGUGAUUGCUCAACGGGCCGAACCGCAACCACAAAUGCUACUCUCAUCAGGAACCCCAGAGUUUCAGCCUUUCUUAAAUACAAUGGCUGAAGCUGGGAUGGCUCCUCCACAAUGGAAUUCAAUGCUUGCUCAAACUACUCAAGGAGUACAACAGCCACAGCAAAUUCAAUCACAGCUCUCGCCGGUUCUUCAGAUAGCUCCCGAUAUCUCAUCGCCAACGAUUUAUCCGCCAUCACCGCCACCUAUGCAAUCACUUUUGACGAACAAUGUAAUGCCUAAUGGAGCUGCUUUAUCAAAAACUAUGUUGAUGCAGGCUCAACAACCGCAAAUACAAUUUCCAAAUAUGAUGGCAAAUCCAUUGCAAAAUGAUGCUAGCCACUCAACAAUUGAUGAGCAUGAAUCCUAUGCUUCAUCCACAGCAGCAACAACAAUUGCUGGCAACAACACUACAGCUAACAAAUCAAAUGCAAACGCAACUUUAUAUUCAACAGCAAAUGAGUCAACUGAAUGGCAAUUCAAAUCUGCUUUCACUGCAAACUGGAUUAUCACCAGCAAUAUCACAAGCAGCACCGAAUCCGCUUCUUCUCAAUUCGAUGUC